GUCAGUUUAGAAGCGCUUUGAUUGGCUAGAAUCGACGCCCGUCAUUUGACGUCCAUACCUUCUCAUUUGCGUGUGCGUACCGGCUUCCGGUAGAAUUGGAAGCAUGGCUGCCAUCGGAGUGCACUUUGGAUACACAUGUGCCUGCGCUGCCGUAUUCAAGGAUGGGCGAGCAGAUGUUGUGGCCAAUGAUGCAGGAGACAGAGUCACUCCAGCUGUGGUCGCAUACAGAGACACUGAACAGAUAGUGGGAAUUGCCGCUAAGCAGGGCCGAAUAAGAAAUGCCGCCAAUACGGUUGUCAAAGUGAAGCAGAUCCUUGGCAGACGCUUCGAUGACCCAGAUGCUCAGGCACACAGAGAAGAAAGCAAAUGUGUUGUUGUAAACAAAAGUGACAUGCCCAGAUAUGAAAUCGACACGGGUGAGACAACCAAGUAUGUGUCACCUGAAGAUGUAGCCAAAUUGAUCUUCCAUAAAAUGAAAGAGACGGCCCAGUCAGCCUUGGGUUCAGAUGUGAAAGAUGCUGUCAUAACAGUGCCUUUUGAGUUUGGAGAGAUGCAGAAGAAUGCUCUAAGGCAAGCUGCAGAAAGUGCCGGGUUCGAUGUACUGAGGCUGAUACACGAACCCUCUGCUGCCCUUCUAGCUUAUGGGAUCGGACAGGACUCAACGCUGGGAAAGAGUCAUGUCCUGGUGUACAAACUCGGAGGCACGUCGCUCAGCGUCACCGUCCUGGAGGUGAACAGUGGAAUGUACCGUGUCCUCGCGACACAGACGGAUCACAGGACGGGAGGAGAGAGCUUCACACAUGAGCUCGCACAGCACCUCGCUGCCGAGUUCAAAAAGAGUUUUAAACAGGAUGUGACGGGUAACCCCAGGGCGAUGCUUAAGCUCAUGAAUAGUGCUGAUAUGGCCAAGCACACACUCUCCACCCUGGGUAGUGCCAACUGCUUUGUGGACUCGCUCCAUGACGGCAUGGAUUUUGAGUGUAAUGUGUCCAGAGCCCGUUUUGAGCUGAUAUGCACCAGCUUGUUUACGAAGAGUAUUCAGCCAAUUAAAAGUCUCCUUGAUCAAGUAAACCUGACCACCUCUGAUGUCAACAAGGUGGUUUUAUGCGGAGGAUCAGCUCGUAUCCCGAAGUUGCAACAGAUGAUCAGGGAUUUGUUCCCAGACGUGGAGCUACUGAACUCCAUCCCCCCGGACGAGGUGAUUCCGGUCGGUGCUGCCAUGCAGGCGGGCAUCCUGGUUGGAAAAGACAGCCUGGCACUCGGAGAAGAUUCCAUCACUGUGGACUGCUGUGCCAGCGACAUCACGGUUAAGGAAGUGGAUGACUCCGGAGCGGAGGUUUUCACAGUUUUGUUUCCAUCUGGCACACCUCUCCCUGCCCGCCGUCAGCACACGCUGCAGGGUCCUGGCAGUCUGUCAUCAGUGAGUCUGGAGCUGUACCAGGCACAGCAACCAAUCGCACAGAUUGUACUUAGAGACCUGGAACCUAAAGAGGAGCUGCAUGACAUUGUCACGGUGCUGACAAUGAAGAGAGACGGUUCACUGCACGUUACAUGCACAGAGCAGGGCAGCGGCAGAUCCGAGGCCAUUACCAUAGGAACAGCUGCUGCAGCGUCUUAACCUUCAAUCACACUGUCAACGUAAUUCCAUAUUGCAACCUAAACACCUGCAUCUCAUGCUGUUUGAGGUUUUCCAGCGCUCUAGAUUCCUCCAGACAUUAACCGAACAAGAACUUGAACUUGAACGCUUCAGUUCAAGGAAUAGCUCACCCAUAAAGGAAAAUUAUUUACUUGUUCUCAUGUUGUAGUUUUCUUUGGAACAUGCAAGUUAAAUUGUUUUGCAGGUUUUGCUAUACAACAACCGUUCAUAGUGACAAGGUGAAUGAUUUAAUAAUGACAUAAUUUUCCUGUUUGGGUGAGCUAUCCUUUUAAAUGAAUAUCCAGUUUUAUUUGUAUACCUUUUGAAAUUUUUUUUUUUACCUGCAGUCAUCUUGUUCAAGCCUGUUGUCUGUGACCAGCAGGUUUACUGUAGUUGUUCUUGCCAUGUGCCUUUAUGUACCUGCAUCACACCAUUAGAUUAGUCAUGAUAUGAUGUGACAUGCAAGAUUGGUGGAUUAAAGGAAGCCUGUGGAGUUUGCUGAUACAAUUUAAAGCAUGCACAACCUUAUUAGACUGAAGAAUUGCAGGUUGUAGAGACUGCGAGGCAGGUGUUGUCGUACAGGGAGGAGAUGUGUGUGGCUCACUGAUGCUAAUCUGGUGCAGUCACAAUGAGCAGGUGCAAAGUUAUUGUUUUAAAAGCUGUCAUCUGUAACUAGCACGCAAUAAAGAUCACUGAACGCAAUAAA